UUAUUAUUUUUUUUUCUUCUUUCCACUACAGCUCAGUUUUCUCUAUCAAGCCCUAGACCGACAGUUACAAACUGGCGCUCGAACGAUUCCUUGAGCUCGUACAGUAUCUUAUCGAGUCUUUGUCUACAAACAAUUCUCAGAACUUUUUUUUUUCCUCUCCUCUUGCUAGGCCUCUAUCUAUAUUCUUCGCCACCCCUCAACCUACCCUACCCUCCCUUAGUGCACGACGAGCGAACAACCCUCGCGUCCCUUCUUAAACCCCUCUAUUACUUCGUCCGAUAUUACAGUCUAUAUCCGGUAACGAUGCCCUGCUUUAAGGGCAUCGCUGUGAGCAUCCAUGCGAAUUCUGCCCCGCUCCCAGAAUAUGGAAUGCAAAAGCAGUCUCGUCUAUCUCGCAUCAGCACAUACAUACCUGUUCCUCAACCUCAGCUAAACCCGGAAACUUCUAAACAUGAGGCAGCAAAGUUCGCCAUUUCGAUAACGCUUUUAACCCCCGGUCAUCCCAUUCCUUAUACCGCUCCGAAACCAACUGCGGCCAAUCCUUACCCGAAACCUCUCUACGCUGGACCUCUAAUACCCUCAGGCUCUGAUCCUUCGAAGCAUGCCAACACCGUUACACCCUAUAUUCCUAUGACGAAUUCGGAGAACGAAACCAUUGCUGCAUAUAUUUACUUCGACGGGCGAGCUAAGGAGGAGGUCGCUACUCUGCUACGACCCGGUGAAGAGACUUGGGUUAAUAGUCGUUGGGUUCAAGUUCCUGAGAGUGAGGGUGGCGGUCUUGCCGAACGUGAAUUUUUAUUCCGAGAGGUUGGUUUAGAAAGAUGGCUUAACGGCUUAGACCUCAAGGGCCAUGAUGCCGCAGAAAAAGUCGAGAAACGAAGACAGAAGUUUGAGCGACGUCAUCGCCGCCACAGGUCCACCCCUCACGGCGGCGACGCGAACACGGAAAAGGUUCCCCGCCCCCGCGAUACCCUAGCCUACGGUGGGGAGGACCAAUCGCCCGUGGCAACCCCUGAUGACUCGGACGACUCCUCUAUGUCUGAUGACGACGAGCCUCCUGAGGCUACCGGACAGAUCAAGGUGGCUAUGUUCCGUGUGAUCGCUUCUGGCGAGAUCAAGAAGGGGGAGUAUUCGCCGCAGUUCGAUGCCCACGAUGACGACGACGAGAGCGAUAGUGGAAGUAAGGGAGGCAAUAACGGCGCCAUCGAUGCUGAUGUCGAGCAUACCACUAGUUUUGCUAAGCCCAAAACGCUCGAUCCUAAGACAAUCAGCACUCAGACAGUAACUGGUAUAGACGGUCCAGAUAAGCCUUACGCAGUAUUUACCUUCUUCUAUCGUGGCCAACGCCAACUCGCCAAGAUGGGUUUAGUUCCUGGGUCAAAGGGGGACCAGAAGGCGUCGGGCACUAAGCGGCGAUCGACCCAACUUGACUUUUCUGGGCUUGGGCCUCUUAAACCUACCGGUACCGUAGGAUUUUCGGCCUUCAGAGAUCAAGAAGCCGAAGCCGCAAAGAGGAGGAAGGCCAGAAGGAAGAGUAGCGGCGCGAACGGCCACCUUAUGGACGAAGAUAGCGACGAUGACGAUGACAACGACGAUGAUCCCCUGGCUAAGAUGGUAGAUUCUGACGAUAAGGACGUCAAGACUACCCUUGCACCAGAGGAUGCCAGGGUCACCGGUGAGCUACAAGCCGGUAUUGACCGCAUUCGCCUUAAGCGACAGCACUCUACAGAACCAGACGCUGCAGGCGCGUCGGGUUCUCAAAAGUCACCCAGCGCAGGUCUUACAGGCGGAGAGUCAACACCUACGGAUUCUACGGCAAGCAAUCAAGCCAUUCCCAAUUCAGUCGCAAAUCUGCUUGCGAAUGCUUUUAAUGGCGAAACGAGUAUCGGAAGCCCUUUAAAGAAGCAGCGUGCAGAUGACGAGACAUUAGAUCGUUCCGUGAAUUUUCCCUCCGCUUUAGGCGAUGUACUGGCCAGGGCUACUGCGGAUCAGGAGAAGAGGGCGAAUGAGGAGCAGAUUCAAGUACAGACCUCUUUCGGCGAAGACGAAGAGCUUUAGAAGGGCGGCCACCCCCUGGCGACUUAUUUUGAGGUUUUUCUAAAGAAUCUCGCCAGCCACAUGGCCAGUUAACUUUCUUCGUUAGUCGAACCAUUUACCAGGGCCGAGAGACAAGUCGAGUUAUAAGCGCUCUCAGCGACAGGUGGUCUCAGCGCUAUCAAACAGCCGAAAGUAUAGGAUUAUUACAUACACGGAGAGAGAUGGGUGGAACUUGGGAUGACAGUGAAUUAUGUAGG